UGACGUAGUACGCACCGAAAGGUGGUGAAAACAGUAAAAGCAGAGAUAUACAACUAGUUUGCGACGAUUUAAAGCGUGUUCCACGGGAUAAAAUGACGUUUCAAGGAUCGUUUGAUGAAUUUUUCCGACAACAAAAGAAGAAGCAGAUCAGCCACCAGUUUUCUCUGCCUGAGCGGAAGGCCAAGGUCAAUCAGCUUGUGAAGACCAUCGACAAUGUGGACGACCCAGACACCAAGUACUGCAUCUGCAGGUCAACGGAUGGUACCCGCUUCAUGAUAGCAUGUGACAACUGUGAGGAGUGGUACCAUGGUGACUGUAUUGGAAUCACUGAGACAGACGCCAACGACAUCAAACAGUACUACUGUGGCCCAUGCAGAGAGAAAGACCCAUCUUUGGUGACUCGCUAUAAACACAAGAAGAUCAAGGAAAAGACGGAGAAGAAAAUGGAAAAACUUCUAAAACCGGAAAAACUUGACAAAGAGGCACUGGAGUACAAAGGAAAACUGCGAGAGCCAGAGUUUUCUGAUGACUGGCGCAAGAAGUCAAGUCGGCGUUGUGGAGAAUGCAUGGCUUGUCAUCGUACGGAGGAUUGUGGCCGCUGUGAUUUCUGCAAGGACAUGAGAAAGUUUGGAGGUCCCAACAGAAUUCGUCAGAAAUGCAGACUGCGGCAAUGCAAUAACUUUGGUCUAUCUACCACCAAGGAUUUGAAUGAUUCCUUCUCAUCUCAGCAAAGUGAGCGAGAGCUGUUUCUGACCCCAGAAAGGCCCAUCUUACACAGCGUCUUGAAUGAAAACUUGGAGGAGAGUGACAAGAAACGUAAGAAGAGAUUGUCAGGCAUGGAGGAAACUCCAAGGAAGAAAUACAAGGACAAAGAGAAGAAAUCUCCCACAAAGAAAAAGCAGAAGAGUCACCAGCAUAAGGGCGACCACCACGGUCACCAUCACCACCACCGGUCCAAACAGGAAGUGGAGGAGAUAGAGGAGGCAGGGGAGGAUGACACGGCCAAGCAGUGCCUGGGGCCAGGUUGUGUGAACCACGCCAGACAGGCGUCCAAGUACUGCUCUGACGAGUGCGGCAUGAAACUCGCAAAAAGUCGUAUCUAUGAACUGUUGCCGCCCAAGAUCCAGCAGUGGCAGAGCAGCCCCUGUGUGGCGGAGGAGCGUAACCGGCGUACGCUGGACAAAAUACGGCGCGAACAGAUGGAAGCCAGGCAGCGACUCAUGGAGCUGGACAUGAAGCAUCAGGACCUGGACGCACUCAUUGAGAAGGCCAAACAUGUGAAGAUUGAGUCAGAAAACGAACAGGUGUCCGAGAGCGAAGACGAGACGGAGUUCAGCAUGUUCUGUGUGACCUGCGGUCUGGAAAUCAGCCAGAAAACUGCUCUCAAACAUCUUGAGAAAUGCUUCGCAAAGUUUGAGGCACAGACAUCAUUUGGGUCCAUCUACAAGACACGUAUUGAAGGCAGCUCCAUGUUCUGUGAUUUCUACAAUAGCCAGUCAAGGACGUACUGCAAACGACUAAAAGUUCUGUGUCCUGAACACACCAAGGAACCGAGGGUGGGUGCGGAGGAGGUGUGUGGGUGCCCGCUGGUGACCAACGUGUUUGAGGAGACUGGGGAGCUGUGUAAGACGGCCAAGAGGAAGUGCAACAGGCACCACUGCUGGGAGAAGUUCCGUAGGGCACAGAUAGACAUGGAGAGGGUCAGACAGUGGAUGAAGAUAGAUGAGCUGUUUGAGCAGGAGAGGAAUGUGAGGUUUGCACUGGCCAACAGAAUGGGGGUGUUGGGCUUGAUGCUUCAUCAAACAGUGGACCAUAACCCUCUCUACCCCAUCAGUGUUCCCGACAUAGACUGACUCAGUGGUGGACUCAAUUCGACAGUUGCCGGAACAUUUGAUGUAUGCCAUGAUUGAGUGUCAGUUCUUCUUUGACAGAGUGAAGGGUUUACAGAACAGCUGCGAGAUAAGAUCGUGCAUUUUGUUGGAUGGUGUGUGUGCACUCUCCCCGACAUGGGAACGUUCUUUAGAUCUCAACCCAAAGACAUCAAGUAUUGGUUCUACCUAUGAAACAUACUCAAGAGCUUUCUAAUAAGCAUUUGACUUUCUAUGCACUAGAGCUUAAAUAAAUAGGUUAAACCCUUUACCACUUAGAUUUUGACGCAUUUGUAGUCCCUUAGAAAGUUAUAUUUAAUUUAAGAUCUUUCUUACUAGAUUCAAGUUUUUUUUAAGGAUUCAUUUCAAGCCAUUAGUUACUGAUGAGCAGCAAACAGCAUAAAACCUGAACAGACUGCGAGUUACUCGCAUGCUGUUCUGUUUUUAUGCGGUUAGCACAUAGCCAUUAUCACUUGGCUUCUAGUGGGAAAGGGUUGAACUAAUUUCAUUCUCUCGCUGGAAGGAAGAGAAUACAGGAUGGUUUGAGAUUUCCACCGCAAUUCUUAAUGGUUUGGUAAUAAUCUUAAGAAAUUAAUGGUUUAAACAUUCAGUGGUUACUGUAUUAACUUAUGUGCUGGUAGAUAUUUUGAACAAUGCAUUACAUAAUUGUACAUUCCUUUUCUGUGUUAAAACACAGGUGUUGGGCCCGUAGCCAAUUUACUGAAACACUAUCAAUAUGUCAUAAAACAACAUUUUUCAUCACUUUGACCAAAAAAAUCUCAUAUAAUAUAUAUAUAAUUCAGUGAAUAAUUGAAUUGGCCACAGACCCAACACCUGUGUGUAAAAACAGUUGUUUUUGUACGCCCAUGUCUUAAUGGAACAUAUUAUGGGAACACCCUUGGCAGUUGGGCUGGCAGCACAUUCCAUGUUGAUGCUUUCUUGAGUUUUAACCCUUUGCAUGCUGGGAAAUUUGUCGUCUGCUAAAAUGUCUUCUGCUGAAUUUCUAAAAUUAGCAUUUUCUUCGAUUUUUUUCAAAGAACACUAUCAGAAUAGCAAGCAGUUUGGAUCCUGAUGAGACGCCACAUUCUGUGGCGUCUCAUCUGGAUCCAAACUGUUUGCAAAGGCCUUCAAAAUUCGGUUCCCGCACUGAAAGGGUUAAAGUUUGCCUCAAAUAUUCCCCAAACAUUCUGGAAAUGGUUGUUGACAUCAAAUUGAGGCCAACUUUAUAUAACCAGCCAAUGGGUGCCUGCAGGGUUCCCAGCUUACCUGGAAAUCAGGGAAAAUCUGGAAAAAAACUUUAACUUUUUCCAUUCAGGGAAAAGUCAGGGAAUUUGGGAAAAGGUCCUGAAAUCAGGGACAUAUCAGGAAAUUUUGUUUGUUCAGACUUUCCUGACUUGAGUUGAGAAGUCCAUACGAUUAAAACAGCAAAUUGAUUCCUAUGCAUGCCUAUGGUGGCUUUGUAGCAUACAUGUAACUUAGUUAUGUCUGCAACUGCUAUUUAUUUAGGGUGUCUAAAACAAGAAAUAGGUCAAAUUUAUGAUCCUGGAAUUUAUAUUUUCCAUCAGGAAAAAAUCAGGGAAUUUUGUUCAUACAAAAAGCUGGGAACCCUGGCCUGGCACUUCAGAGUUUUUUGUCCUUAUAUAUACAAAUGUACAAACAUUGCAAAAAUGUGCCAUUUCAGCUCUCAAACUGGUACUUUUUUUAUCAAAUGUUAAUCAAAUUUUUGCGAAAUUCUUGACGUGAAAUGAAGUUCAAUUUGGAUAACAAUCCAUGCAUUCUAGGCACUUCAGAGUAAUUGCCCUUGGUACAAAAAUGCGAAAUUCACUGUUUCUGCUUUUUUAUGUUUUUAUGUAGAUUCUUCACCACAUAUGCUAUUACUAGCUAAAUCAUGUCAGGCAUUUCAGAGUUAUUAUCCCCCGCCAUAGGCGGAGGGAUAUUGUUUUGGCGUUGUCCGUCUUUCCGUCCGUCAGUCCAGAACUUUUGUGUCCGGAGCCAUAUCUUGAAAGUGCUUUGGCAGAGUUCAAUGAAACUGGGUAUGAGUAUAUAUAUAUAUGGAUAAGAGGAUGAUGCACGCGUCAUGGCAUUGUACACCUUUGUUAAUAACAGAGUUAUGUCCCUUUGUAUCUUGAAAAAUGCUUUUUUGUGUCUGGAGCCAUAUCUUGGAAGUGCUUUGGCGGAUUUCAUUGAAACUUGGUAUGAGUAUAUAUAUAUGGAUAACAGGAUGAUGCAUGCCAAAAAGCAUUGUACACCAUUGAAUAAUUGAGGAGUUAUGGCCCAUUGUAUCUUGAAAAAAUGCCUUUUUGAGUGUCAAAUAUAACACUUUUGUGUCCAGAAGCAUAUUGGCGGGGGAUAUCAAUUCAAAGAAUUCGCUUCUUUUCUUUUAUUUUUACCAAAACAAAUGCUAAAUUUGCUGUUUCAGUUCUCUUAUCACUUUUCAAGUUUUUUUUUCACAAUUUCAAGAUUUGGGGUUUGUUUUCUACAACAAGCAUGUAUUUCUGUGCAUUGUAGGAAAAAAGCUUUAGUUUCAAAUGCCCCUGAAGAAAGGCAUAUUAUAGAUAUCACACUAUCAAUAUGUCCAGUUUUUUGUCCCUUGUCCUUUAACCUUGAUCUUUUUCUUUUUCAAUUAUGGGUAUUAUGGUUCAGCCUCUUAAGCAAGCAUUGCUUUAGGGACAUGCCGUUAGAUGCCUUCUGUGAUGAAAUAUUUCUUUUAAAUAACAUAUAAUAAAAAAAGCACAAAAAUACAAUUACCUCAAAUACUUAACCAAGAGUUUUAAAAUGAAUAACAUAAAUACAAUAAAUAAAUGUACAUUUACAGGUAGUCAGACAUGUGCAGUGUUGUCUUCAAUGGGUGCCAAAUGUGCCCUGGAAUCUUGUAGAUAGCAGGAUACUUUUGUUUUUUUAAACGUUGGGAAGGUGCAAAUACAUUUGGGACAAUGGGGUUCAAUGCAUGUGCACAAAGUGUCAUCCCAGACUAGCCUGUGCAGUCCGCACAGACUACCAGUAAUCAGGGACGACAUUUUCUACUUAAAUAUUUUUUUUUGAUAAAGCACAAAUCUUAGCAAAAAUCCAGUUUAUGUUCAGUGUCCCUGAUUAGCCUGUGCAGACUGCACAGGCUGAUAUGGGACAACACUUUAUGCACAUGCAUUAUGCUCUCUUUACUCUGUGCCAGUCUUGUUUACAUGGCAGCAAUGAUAAUUUGUUCUUGUUGGUAGCCAUGUUACAGUGUAGAUUAUUGUUGUUGUCCAGUUUUUGUUUUAAGCUCACCUGAAUAUGUUUUCAAAAAGUGUUCACGGGGGUGAUAUGGUGGUCAGUAUUGUCUGAUGUAUUCUUUUUUACUCAGUUAUUUUGAAAAUCUCGUGUAAGAAAUCAACCUUUUUAUUUGUUAAUUUUUCCAGUCUAUAGGUACACGACUUAGGUAAAUUGUAACAUAUUAUGCCUAUGUAAUUCAUUCGCCUAUUAAGCAAAAAAUUUGAACACAAAAUUUUAGGAAAUGUAAACCACAGUUUCAGAUUAGAUGUUUGAUUGUUACUCAAUUAAAGUGAUAGUACUCAUGUGAGCGAAAUUUGGUCAUUUUUGCCCUCUUAUGUGAUAUCUUUAUUGUCCCCUACCAGUGAAACAGGAGGGGACCUAUGGUUUGCGCUCCGUGCGUCAGUCUGUCUGUCUGUCAGUCCGUCACACUUUUCUGGAUCCUGCCAUAAUUUUAAAAGUUCUUCAUAUUUUUUCAUGAAACUUGAAACAUGGACACAUGGCAAUAUGGAGAUUAUGUAUGUCAAUUAAUUUUGUUCCUACGUCAAGAUUUCUGGUUGCUAUGGCAACAAAUAAAAUAAAAAAUACUGACAAUGGUGGAGUUUCACCGGUAGGGGACAAUAUUGCUUGGCAAUCAUUUGUUCUAUUUGGACUGAUGGAAGCUUUUAUAGAUGCCCAGAUUUUGUUGAUAUCCACAUCUGUAAAGGCAUCAAUCUUGACACUUGAGUCACAAGGUAUUCUUGUGUUGUUGUCAUUUUGUUUUUUGACCCUUCUGUAGAGAUGUGUAAUGGUGUUCUGGAACAUAGUUCACAAUACACUGUUGAGAGAUGUGUAAUGGUGUUGUGAAACAUAGUUCACAAUACACUGUUGGGAGAUGUGUAAUGGUGUUGUGAAACAUAGUUCACAAUACACUGUUGGGAGAUGUGUAAUGGUUUUCUGAAACAUAGUUCACAAUACACUGUUGGGAGAUGUGUAAUGGUGUUCUGAAACAUAGUUCACAAUACACUGUUGUGAGAUGUGUAAUGGUGUUCUGGAAUAUAGUUCACAAUACACUGUUGGGAGAUGUGUAAUGGUGUUCUGAAAUAUAGUUCACACUACACUGUUGGGAGAUGUGUAAUGGUGUUCUGAAAUAUAGUUCACAAUCUGUUGGGUGAUGUGUAAUGGUGUUCUGAAAAAUAGUUCACAAUACACUGUUGGGAGAUGUGUAAUAGUGUUCUAAAAUAUAGUUCACAAUACACUGUUGGGAGAUGUGUAAUGGUGUUCUGAAACAUAGUUCACACUACAUGUUGGGAGAUGUGUAAUGGUGUUCUGAAAUAUAGUUCACAAUACACUGUUGGGAGAUGUGUAAUGGUGUUCUGAAAUUAAGUUCACAAUACACUGUUGGGAGAUGUGUAAUGGUGUUCUGAAAUAUAGUUCACACUACACUGUUGGGAGAUGUGUAAUGGUGUUCUGAAAUAUAGUUCACAAUCUGUUGGGAGAUGUGUAAUGGUGUUCUGAAAAAUAGUUCACAAUACACUGUUGGGAGAUGUGUAAUAGUGUUCUAAAAUAUAGUUCACAAUACACUGUUGGGAGAUGUGUUAUGGUGUUCUGAAACAUAGUUCACACUACACUGUUGGGAGAUGUGUAAUGGUGUUCUGAAAUAUAGUUCACAAUACACUGUUGGGAGAUGUGUAAUGGUGUUCUGAAAUAUAGUUCACAAUACACUGUUGGGAGAUGUGUUAUGGUGUUCUGAAAUAUAGUUCACAAUACACUGUUGGUGUCUGAUGAGGCAGUGCUAGUAGGUCUCUUAAUUUCCCAGGAAAUGAUCUGGGUUGUUUUUUGUUGUUUCUGUAAUGUUGUUUUUCAAAAUAAGCUCUCUUGUUUGAAGAAGCUACUCUUCAUUCCUGCACAUGUCUGGCUUUGAAUACAAUUUUCUUAGGUUUAACCUUUCUUACUUUAGCAUAUAGGAUCUUGCAUGAGUGGUCGUUUUGUAUUGAAUUUAUUAAACAAGUCAUUUAAAUAAAGAAAAAAAAGGCUUACCGAGUUUUUAUCUUUGUUUAGAUGAUGAGUUUAAUAAAUUCAAUACAAAAUGACCACGAAUAUAAGAUUCUAUUUAUAACAUGACCGACACAUUUUCUGUUCAUUAUGCUCUUUUCACCAUUUAUUCACAUUGUAAAAGAGUUUAACUGAAGAAAUUCGCCGGAAUAAUGACGUGAUUUCGUCAAAAAUGACGUCAUUUCACAUUUAUAACUAGUGUAAUAACACCCGUGUAAUAAACAAAAUUUAGCAUUACGCUAUUUCACUCCUGGAGCGUAGGUCAUGUUAUAACAGGAAGUAAAAAUAAAUGCAAAGUAAAUCAUAAAUACGGUUAAACUGGAACAGAACUUACUAUAACCAAACUGCACAAAAUCUGAUCACACAGUGGUCAUGUGAUAAUACAAGAUUAUGAUCUGAUUUAAAGUCAAACUAUACCAAGAAAGGAAUAUUUAUAAUACAUAUAAUAUGCAUAUACUGACUGUUGAAAGGUAUUCCGAGUUUUGUGCCCUGUAUUUGGAGUGAAAACACGUGUCCUUACAAAACCAAACGAAAUAACAUACAUAUUGUUGAACAAUAUUAGAUAUAUUAAUUAUAAGAAUUCAUUGUUAUGAAAAAGUGUCUUUGUAAAAAACAAUAGUUGGUCCAAUCGAAUCAUAUUUUUUGACAACAUGUUUUAAUAACAUAUUUUUAGUAAAAGAUCUGCAUAUAAACACGUAUGAAAUGUUGCUAACCGUGUUUCCUCUUGAGAUAUAUACAGUCGACAAUGACGAUAUAUACAAGCAAACAUGAGCUAAGAGUUGUUGCAACCCAUAUACUAAUGGACGAUAUCUUUGCAUCUUCUUCGGCUAUUACAUACAUUAUCCACAGUAUCAUUUCGUAGACAUGGUUUGAUAGCAAUACGUCCAAUACCAGUCUCACUGAUAGAGUAGUGUGGAUUGUUUCUCAGCCAGAACAAUUGACACCUGUCACUGACAUGUUUUUGUCCCCUACUGGUGGAACAGGAGGGGACUUAUGGUUUGCGCUCUGUGUGUCAGUCAGUAUGUCAGUCAGUCUGUCACACUUUUCUGGAUCCUGUGAUAACUUUAAAAGUUCUUAAUAUUUUUUCAUAAAACUUGAAACAUGGAUAGAUGGCAAUAUAGAGAUUAUGCACGUCAUUUCAUUUUGUUCCUACGUUAAAAAUUGUGAUUGCUAUGGCAACAAAAGUAUAUUUAAAAAAUCUGACAAUGGUGGAGUUUCACCGGUAGGGGACCAUAUUGCUCGACAAUAGUCUUGAUAGAUUCAUUAUUGAUUUAAAAAUAAAAUAAACUAAGCACUACUUUUUUUCUGUCAUUUUGAGAAUCAAAUGCCAGUGUAAAUAUUUGUUAUGUAGUUUCCAUUUGUGCAUGUGUUUGCCAACUUGGUAUACUAUUUGUGUAUGUUCAUUUAUUUCACUUGUUCUGUCUUUAGUUAAGUAAUAUGAUUACACUGUUUGACUAAAUGUGUAUUUAAUUAUGUAAUUGAAUACACAGUUUGUUUGUUUAAUCUGUUCUUUACAAACUUACUGUUUUAUACACUGACUUAAUCGUUAUUAUAGUUAAGUUAACAGCUGACAUGCAUUGCUCAAAAUAUCUACCUGUUCUUUUUUCACAAUUAUGCACAUGUUUUGUUAAUUUGAUAAAAUAAAUGAAUAAAGUUGUA